AGAAAGGAAUUAAAACAUUUGUUAUUACCCAUUAACACUAAUUUAUUACUUUCAUUAGAAUUAAGCAGAGCUUUCAGCAUUGAUUAUAAAGAUAAUGAUGAUUUCAUAUGUGAACUGAAAGAACAAUUGAAUGUAAUUACUAAUUCAGAAGGCUAUUUUAAUUAUCUGCCAGUCAUUCAAUCAUCUGGUUAUGGAAAAAUUAGGGCUGUUUGCCAGCUUGCUAAAUCUCACCCACUAAUAUAUGUGUGUUUUCAUUCAAAAACUUCAACUGGGCAUCCACCUGCUACACCAAAAAGCAAUAUCAUGCAUCAAGAGCUAAUGAAUAUGAAGAAUAUAGAUGAAGCUCAUACUGUGGCAUUUUCUUGGCUGAGAUCAAUGAUUCAAGUAUUCUGUGAGAUGGGAUUAGAAAAAAAAUCUGAAGACUUGUUAUAUAAUGAAUCUUUUUCAUUGUUAGUUAACAAAAACAAAACGGAUAUAGGAUUUAGAGCAAUUCGUAAAGUACUCUUGGAUCUUAGACAAUACUCAUAUGAUAUACUCACAGAUCCCAACUCCUCAGUUGCUAAUCUAGCACUUUCAAAGGAAGAUGAUCCAUCAGCACGUGGUAAAUUGAGCAUCUGUAAACCAUUCUUCUAUAUUUCAACACAUGAUUGUUUAAGAGGCUUUAAAAAACUUCCACAUGAAGAUGAUGAUUUGGGAUAUAGUAUUAUUCAAUUUGAUAUAAUUUGUCUUGCAAAACAGAAGCUUCUUGGUGGUGUUGUUUCUUGGAAAUAUCUUAAUGAAGUAGACAAGAAAAUAGCAGCACUUGCUGUAGUUUCCAGUGUUACAACUACAUGUCUCUCCAGUUUUAUCUAUUACAAGUGCUUUGAACCUGUAAUGUCAGAAGCAGCAUUAGAAUUGCUUUCAGAGAAAAAUGUUGAAUUUGAAAUACUGGGUGAACUGGGUAAUACCUUUCAAUCAGGUGGCAUCCUUGAUGCUGGUAGUCAAGGAGAACCAGUUGUGAGAUUGCUGUUUUUAGGUACUUGGUGUUACCUUAUCUCCUCAAAAAGAGGGAAAAGCCCCAACAAUAAGGUCAAAAAUUAUAAAGAUAAGCAAUCCCAAAAUACAAUGAGAAGAAAAACUGAACCAUCACUUUCACCAGAGAUUGUUUUCACUGAAGAGCUAAAAAAAUGUAUUGGAAAAAAUAAUUUAGGAAUAUAUUUAAAUAUUGGACAAGCAUAUAUGGAAGAACCUUUUAUUCAACCAUGUUUUUAUGAUAGGAAAAAAGUUACCUUUGAUACUGAUCUAUCUAUAACAAUCACUACUCGUUCUCAGUCUACAUUUAAGCUACCUGAAGAUAAACUUUAUAAUUGA